AUGGAUGACCAUAACCAUAAUAAAGACAGUAUAAUAGUUCCCAAUGAUUUAGUUUCUACAUUGGUUAGAUCAGAAAUAUCAGAAUCAAUUACCGAUGAAUCGACUAAUUCACAAAAAUAUAAAUCUCCUGUCUGGACAUAUUUUUCUUUAUUAAAAAGUGAACAAAAGGCUAAGUGUAAUUAUUGUAAUACUAAACUUAGCUAUAAAAAAGGCAAUAGAAUAUUUCACCUUCGAUGUCAUCUCAAAUCAUGCAACAAGUAUCAAAAAUCAGUAUCUAAUAGUGAUUCAUCAAAUUUGCCAGAAAAUGAGCUAAGUUUUCAGUUUGUAGAGAAACCAGAUUUUCAAAAUUUUCUUAAUGGAGUAUUACCUAAUUUUGCUAUUAGUGCUGAUACAGUAAAGCAAGAUAUUAUGAAUGUCUAUGAUAAAAGAAAAGCUUUUAUUAAAAGUCCUUCAAAAU